UUCUUCUCAAUUUUAUUUCUAUUACUUUACCGAUUCUUACCACUUCCGUAUUAUGGUAUCAGAGACAGCGAAUUGACUCUUUGUUUUGAGUUGAGAAAUCAACUACAAUGGUGACUUCCCAAUCUAACGAUGGUCGUAUUAGGAAAAUUAACGACCCCUCUUCGCCAUAUUAUCUCCAUAACUCGGAUAUACCCGGAAUUAAUAUAUGCGGUAUUACGCUUCGUGGUGAAGAGAAUUAUCGUGAAUGGUCUGUUGCCAUGCGGAAUGCGUUCCGGGCGAAACGAAAGCUUGGGUUUCUGGAUGGAUCGAUCAAGCUCCCUGAAGACAAAAUUGAUGCCGAAGAUUGGUACACCGUUAACUCAAUGUUGGUGGGAUGGCUUAUUUCAUCAACCGAUGUCUCACUCCGUCCAACUAUUGCUUACAUGGACUGUGUACAUGAUCUGUGGGCUGACAUGCAGCAGCGGUUUGAAGCGGCAGAUGGCAUGCGAUUUCAUGAAUUGAAGCAGGCACUCCAGAAUUGCAAACAAGCCGGUGAUAGUGUGACGGCAUAUUUCGGGAGGUUGAAGACGAUCUGGGAUGACUUUGACGGGUACCGAAAAAUACCGACAUGUACAUGUGGUGGAUGUACUUGCAAUUUGGAAAAGCAGAUUGCGGCAGCCAUUGAAAAAGAAAAAACACACGAGUUCCUACUGGGUCUUGACGGUCCUGUAUAUGGGAGUUUGCGAUCAAACCUUCUGAGUAAUACCACCGUGCUUCCAGGCCUUAGCAAGGUGUAUCAAAUGAUGAUCCAGGAAGAGAGACUUUCAAAGAUGGCAAGGACACAAGACGCACGAGGGGAAGCAGCCGCUUUUCUUGUACGCUCCGGAGGAAACGGGGGUCCGUCUACUGUGAAAGACAAAGGCAAGGUUGUGUGUUCCUACUGCAAGAAAGAAGGUCAUGAACGGGAUCGAUGUUUCAAGUUAACUGGAGAAUAUCCAGAUUGGUGGUAUGCAAAUAAGGCAGGGCGUGGGAAGGAAAGAUCAGGAGGCAGUGCUAGAGAUUUUACUCGCAAGGGCAUAAGUGUGCAGGCCAAUGCUACUUUAGGAGACUCCAAGGCAGAUGUAGUCAACGAACAAGGAAGUUCCAGCCAGUUGCCUACACUAACGGGUGACCAAUGGAACUCUUUGUUGGAGUUUGUGAAAAAAUUUAACGCAGGUGAAGGUGUUGAAAAGCUAGCAGGACCUAACUUUGAAGACGCUGAUUGGAGUGGGUGAACGUCGUGGUGGGGUCUAUUAUCUUUGUGGAGUUGAUUCUGUGCGAGCUUCACAUGUGGUCGGCAGUAGCACGGAGGAUUUAUGGCAUAAAAGAUUGGGUCAUCCAUCAACCCGGGUGAUUCGACUUCUUUCUAUUAAUCACAAUAAAGUUGAUAAUAGUAGAAUUUCGAAUAAGACUUGUGAUGUUUGUGCUAGAGCAAAACAGACACGUGAAAUUUUUAAUCCCAGUUCGAAUCGGG